UUAAUACGAUAGAUGACAGAAAAAAGCCCAGGUGAGGUCACCACGACCUGGAAAUGGAAAGCCCUUUGACAAUGCAGGGCAUUCUUAGCAGGGUUACAGAGUCUGUUAAGAAUAUUGUGCCAGGGUGGCUACAGAGAUACUUCAGUAAAAAUGAAGAUGCGUGUAGCUGCUCGACAGACACCAACGAGGUGCCACACUGGGCAGAAGAUAGAGGAGAUGACCGUGUGAUGUAUGCCAGUGAGGAGAAUGCUGAGAUCAGUGAUGGGCGAGUCACUCCUGAGCCAGCAGUCAGUAGUGCAGCAGAACCUUCAACAACUAGUACUAGUUCACAUUACCCAGAUGUAUUAACAAGGCCUUCUCUUCAUCGGAGCCAUCUGAAUUUCUCUAUGUUGGAAUCCCCUGCAUUACACUGUCAACCAUCCACAUCUUCGGCAUUUCCAAUUGGCAGUUCUGGAUUUUCCCUUGUAAAGGAAAUUAAAGAUUCUACCUCUCAACAUGAUGAUGAUAACAUCUCAACUACCAGUGGUUUUUCUUCAAGAGCAUCUGACAAAGAUAUAGCUGUUUCAAAGAACACUUCAUUGCCACAUCUGUGGUCUCCAGAGACUGAUCGCUCUCAGUCAGUCUCACAGCACACUGCCUCCACCUCAAAAAAACCAGCAUUCAACUUGUCUGCCUUUGGAACACUUUCCCCUUCACUUGGGAAUUCUUCAAAUCUUAAAACAAGUCAGCUUGGAGAUUCUCCUUUUUAUCCUGGGAAAACAACAUAUGGUGGGGCAGCAGCUGCUGUAAGACAGUCGAAGCUACGAAAUACACCUUAUCAGGCACCAGUCAGAAGACAGAUGAAAGCUAAGCAACUUAAUGCACAGUCUUACGGUGUGACCAGUUCAACAGCUAGGCGAAUAUUGCAGUCUUUAGAGAAGAUGUCAAGCCCUUUGGCAGAUGUGAAAAGAAUUCCAUCUGUUGUUUCUUCUCUGAAUUCUCCUUUUGAUAGGAGUGGGAUGGACACCACAGAUAUUUGGGCCAAAAGACAAAAGGUGGACUCUCAGCAUCCCCCUGUUCAGAGACUUAUGACCCCAAAGCCAAUUUCUAUAGCAACAAAUAGAACUGUUUAUUUUAAGCCAUCUCUGACCCCAUCUGGGGAAUUAAGGAAGACUAAUCAGAGAGUAGAUAAAAAGGACAAUACUGGAUAUGAAAAAAAUACUACACUCAGACAAAAUAGAGAACAAGAAAGUGGCUUUUCAUACCCACAUUUCAGUAUUCCUGCAGCCAAUGGUUUGUCUUCUGGAGUAGGUGGUGGAGGUGGCAAGAUGAGACGGGAGAGAACACGCUUUGUUGCUUCUUCUAAAUCUCUGGAGGAGGAGGAAAUGGACAUACCAGUAUUACCGAAAAUAUCUCUACCAAUCUCCAGUUCUUCACUGCCUACCUUCAAUUUUAGUUCCCCUGAGAUCACAACUUCCUGUCCAUCAUCCUUCAGUCCUUCCCAAUCAUUAACAAACAAGGGACAAAUGACCUCUCCAAGCAACACUGGCAGCCCCGUGUUUAAAUUUUCAUCUCCAAUUGUAAUAUCUACUGAGGCAGUUGUACUAUCUCCAUCAUCUAUUAGAUUUACAUUUAGUAUGCCUGUUGCAAAAACAGAAAUUACUGGCUCUAGCAGUACUUCAGAACCAGUUAUAAGUAGUUCCGCUCAAGACAACAUUGCAGUGAACAGUAUAAACUGUAAGAAGCAAAGUGAAGAUUAUGAGGGCGUUUUAAAACCUGCAAAAAUCCUGAAAGAAGGAAGUGUUCUAGAUGUUCUGAAAAGCCCGGGUUUUGCCUCACCAAAGGUAGAUUCUGUUGCUGCUCAGCCUACUAUGACAAGCCCUGAAGUUUAUACAAGACCAGCAAUAAGUACUUUUUCUUCUGGUGGAGUUGGGUUUGGGGAAAGAUUAAAAGCUGGAUCAUCCUGGCAGUGUGAUACAUGUCUGCUACAGAAUAGUGUUACAGACAGCAAGUGCAUAGCCUGUCAAGCGGCAAAACUGCCACCAGGAGAAACUGCUAAGCAGACUGGAACUGGGACACCAAGCAAAAGUGGCAAAGCUGCUCUUUCUGCAUCAGGAAUAGGCUUUGGAGACAAGUUUAAACCAGCAAUAGGGUCAUGGGAUUGUGAUACCUGUUUAGUGCAAAAUAAACCUGAAGCAAUGAAAUGUGUGGCCUGUGAAACCCCGAAACCUGGAACUGGUGUGAAGCGACCCCUGACAUUGAUAGUGGUUUCAGAAAGUGCUGUAACUACGACGGCUUCACCUUCUAGCUGCACUGUUACCUCUGGUACCUUAGGAUUUGGAGAUAAAUUCAAAAGGCCUGUGGGAUCUUGGGAAUGUCCAGUAUGCUGUGUUUUUAACAUUGCAGAAGACAACAAAUGUGUGGCCUGUAUGUCUGAGAAAGCAGGAACCUCAGUCCCUGCUUCUAGUAGUAGCACUGUACCCAUCUCUGUGUCUUCUGGGAGCUCUCUAGGACUGGACAAGUUCAAAAAGCCUGAGGGAAGCUGGGACUGUGAAGUGUGCCUAGUGCAGAAUAAAGCAGACUCUGCCAAAUGUGUGGCAUGUGGGAGUGCAAAGCCGGGCACGAAAUCUGAGUUUAAGGGUUUUAGUACAUCUUCCUCAUCUUCUGAUCCACCAGCCUUAUCCUUCAAAUUUGGUUUUCCAUCAUCAUCAUCUGCGCCUUCUCAGACUUCAGCAAGCACUGGAACUUUUAAAUUUGGAGAUCAGGUGGGAUUCAAAAUAGGAGUAUCAUCUGACUCUGGGUCUGUAAACCCUGUGACGGAAGGCUUUAAAUUUCUUAAACCAACUGCAGAUUUUAAAUUUGGUUUUUCAUAUGAUUCUAAAACUGAAGAAGUUAAAAAAGACAGUAAGAAUGAUAAUAAUUUUAAGUUUGGACUUUCUUCUAGUUUAAGCAAUCCAACUUCUUUAGCUCCAUUUCAGUUUGGCUUGUCUAAUCCUGGGCAGCAAGAAAAGAAAGAGGAACCACCUAAAUCUUCAUCCGCAGGCUUUAGCUUUGGUACUGGUGUUAUUAACCCUAUCCCUGCUGCUACUGAUACCACAGUGACCUCUGAGAACAAGACCAGCUUCAGCUUUGGAACCAUAGAAACCAAGAGUGUCUCAGUGGCUCCUUUCACAUGCAAGACAACAGAAGCAAAAAAAGAAGAAAUGUCCGCUGCCAAGGGAGGGUUCACUUUUGGCAAUAUGGAAACUGCCCCUCUGUCAUCUGCCUCAGUGUUUGCUUUGGGAAGGACAGAAGAAAAGCAGAAAGAGACUGUCACUUCUACUUCUCUGGCUUUUGGGAAGAAAGCUGACAAUGAAGAGCCAAAAUGUCAACCAGAAUUUUCCUUUGGGAAUUCAGAGCAAACCAAAGAUGAGAGUUCUUCAAAGUCAUUGUUUAGUUUCAAUGUUUCAAAACCAUCUGAGAAGGAAUCUGAGCAGCCAGCAAAGGCCGCUUUCACUUUUGGAGCUCAAACCAGUACCACGUCUGAUCAAGGUACAGCAAAGCCACUUUUUAGUAUUUUGAACACCAGUUCCUCUAGUUCAACUGCACCAGCCACUUCAACUGGUGGUGGCAUUUUUGGUAGUUCCACUUCCUCCUCCAAUCCGCCUGUGGUUGCCUUUGUGUUUGGACAGGCCAGCAAUCCUGUGAGCAGCUCUGCUUUUGGUAACUCUGCAGAAUCCAGUACAUCUCAGUCCUUGCUAUUUUCUCAGGAUAGCAAACCAGCAGCCACAUCCAGUACAACAGGCACAGCUGGCAACCAGUUUGUCUUUGGAUCAGGAGCCAGCAGUAAUAGUACUGCAACCUCUGGUUUCAGCUUUGGAGCAACAACUACAUCUAGCUCUGCAGGAUCCUCCUUUGUAUUUGGCCCUGGACCUUCAGUACCAUCUGCCAGUCCAGCAUUUGGUGCUAACCAGACGACCCUAACAUUUGGACAAAGUCAGGGUGCCAGCCAGCCUAAUCCUCCAAGCUUUGGAUCUAUAUCAUCAUCAUCGGCAUUGUUUUCUGCUGGUUCUCAGCCUGUACCAUCUGCUUUUGGAACAGUAUCAAGCAGCAGCCAGCCUUCUGUGUUUGGACAGCAGCCUAGUCAGUCUGCAUUUGGCUCUGGAACAACUGCUAAUUCCAGUUCGGCUUUCCAGUUUGGCAGCAGUACUACCAAUUUCAAUUUCACAAACAAUAAUCCAUCAGGAGUGUUCACAUUUGGUGCAAAUCCCAGUACACCUGCAGCCUCAGCCCAGCCUUCAGGCUCAGGGAGCUUUCCCUUUAGCCAGUCGUCAGCAGCAUUUACAGUAGGGUCAAAUGGAAAAAAUAUGUUCUCUUCUUCUGGAACUUCAGUUCCUGGCCGCAAGAUAAAGACUGCUGUUAGGCGCAGAAAAUAAAGGUCAUAAUGGUGUUAAACAUAACAGUUGUAACAGCUGGUGCCCAUCAUUUACAUACUGGAUUGUACUACAUGCCAGGCUUAUCUGAAGUCAGAUCUGCCUAAGGACUUCUUUAAUUUUGGAAUCUUCCUUCUCUUUAUGGAAUCCCUUCCCCCAUCUUUUACCCACUUUUUAAAAAAUAAUAGCUAGACUGGUGUCUGAUUCUUCAGCAAAAAUAUUUUAUGAUCCAGCACAUUAUUCACUGGUUUGGCGUAGUCUGGCUGUACCCAGGAAUAGAGCCUGCACGGUGAAUGGCUUUGUAUAGAACUUCUUUGUCUGCACCACUGUGUGCAUUGCUAAGAGUUUAUGGAACGAGUUGAAAUUGUAAUUAUAUCUGAGGAAUUCUGUAUAGAUUAGAAUUCUGUAUAGAUUAGAGGACAUUGAAAUGAGCGAUUUCUAUGCUGAGUUUGUGCUGGUGUAUGUGUGAAGUGAGUGAGUUGGAUGUAUUGUGCACUAAGAUUUUCUGAUAAAGCCUGAUCAAAGAAUUAGUCCAUGCUAUGGACUUGUUAGAUCUAGUUCAUUCUCCAUUUAAUAAUUAUAUGCUAUUUCUAUAUUUUCAUUCUUCUAUCACCUGUCUUGCCUUUUUCAUUAUUUUAUUAUACAACUUCUGUAAAUACAAUUUUGUUUCUGUACCUUUUUGGUAUAACAUAAAUCUGUGAACUUGAAAUUUUAAUUUUGUGUUAGAAUUUUUCUUUGUUGUUUAGUCUUGUCUCAGAUUUUAUUACGUAAAUCCCAUUAUUCAAAGUUGCCUAAAUCCAUUUGGAAAUCUUUAAAAAAAAAUUGGAUAUUCUUAAAAGUUGAAUUUAUUGGCUUUUCUGAUCCAGUUUUGUUUGGACCAAAAACCAGUAUUGUACAAAGUAUUAAGCAUAUAUUUUUAUAUUUACUGAAAUGGACUGUGGUGACUUUGGAUAAUAAGGAAAUGUUUAAUAUUAAAGCCAUGUUUAUUACAAUAUAAUUAACAUGUUAAACCAUGGGAUAAACGCCAUCAAUAAAAAUUUAUGAAGCAGUUUUCGUUAU